AUGCCCAGAGCCGGGCAGGCCCGAGGCCCGCGGGCGCACAGGAGCCGGCACUGGGCGAGAGCUCGGCGGGGGCGGGGCCCAGCGCGCGCGUGCGCAGAAAGGCCGGCGCGGCGAGCUGAGGAGAAAGCGGCGCGCGGAGGUGGGUGCGCUCGGGGUGUGCGGGGGGUGCGCUGCGGUGUGGCCCGGCCAGGUCCCCGCUGUCACCGCAGUCGACGCGUGCUGGGGGCGGGAACGUGGGGUCCCGGCUGCGGGCCCCAUUCGAGGCGGGGAUCCCUGGCCACGCGCUGGUUGGGGGCUCCGGAGCCCGGCACUGCCCGGCGCUGCAGCUGCGGCUUGGCCUACGGGCGGGGGCCCAGGAGCGGGACCCCCUGGGUGCGAGGCCCGAUCCCCGCCCGGUCGCUGGCCCGCGACUCGGCCCGGGGCAUGGUGUCGUCGGGAAGGGUGACUGUGUCACUCUUUCCUUGGGGCGUUUUCCGUCUCCGCAGGGUCGGAAAUCCUCUUCGGGGCUCGGUGAGAUUGCAACAGAUUCUGAUAAGUCCUGCCCUGUGGACCUGGAGCAGCCCCGGGCCCCGCCCCGCCCUGCCCAGGGAUGACACACGCCCCCACCGCCCACCCGCUUGGGGGUCCGCUAGCCCCCGGCCCUGUCCAGUGGGAGCCCCUCUGGGUGCGCCUUGCCAGGCGGCCGCUGCCCUCCGGGCCCUGGGAGGUGGGAGCCAGGGACCCCCAGCUCCGAGCCAGCACAGCGGAGGGGAGAGCCGGCCCCACCUGGGCUGGGCUGCACCUGUUCCCGCCCCCUCCAGGCGGGAGUCCCUGCGGGCUAGCCACAGGCUUUCUUUGAUGGCCGUGCCCCUCAGGGAAAUGCGCUUCGGACCCCUGGGUUACUGCUUGCGGGGGGUGAUAUUAAAGGCCAAAGGUUGUCUAAAAGCCACCUGGGUGGUGUGGAGGUGCAGGUGGACUGUUAGGUUGGUGGCUGUGGUUGUGAAGCCGGUGUCACUGUCUUUCUCCAGCAGCUUUUUCCAGAAAGGGGGCGUCAGCCUGCCCUUCCAGGGCGAUAGAAGCACUAGCGGGUGAUUUUUCCCUGUUUUGCUGUGUUUGCUCCGGAGUCACCAGGUGACUUCCAGGCAAUGUGCAGAAGGAACCGUUCCAUUAUUUGGCACGUGGGCCGUUUCCUCCACCCGAGGUCCUGGGCUCUGUCUUCACAGUCUGUCCUCAGCACACAGUAGGCACCUGUAGAUGUUUGCUCAGUUGCAGCGGAGACAAGCAGUCAGUUCUUUUCAUUUUAAGGAACACAGGCUGGGAAAAAAAACCAAUCCAGAUAAGAGAAGAUCAGGAAAUCUUAUGCAGAUUUUACAGUUACUGUUCCUAGCCUGUGGCAUGACCCCUGCGUGCCCUGCCUUUUAUUUUGAGGGUUGAUCCUCAUCUAAUCUGAGCACUCAGAUAAAGGCUUUACAUAGAGUACUAAUUAGAGAGUGCUUGCUCUACUUAGAAGCCUGUCUUUCCCUGUGAACGGGGCUGGAGCAACACUGUUCAUCUUUGCUUCCCCCUGGCCUGGCCAGGGCUGGGCCAGAGGUUUUCUCUACAUGAUGGUUGAAGUGGAUCAAGGUCCUUUUGUCAGAAUGAUAGAUGUGAACUAUUGCAGUUGCUUUCCACUGGGUUGAGGGUGACCUUCUGAGAUGCAGAAGUAAUCUAGGCAGGGUUUUCAUAACAACAGUAAAUUUGGCCACCCAGGGUCUGUAAAGUCACCUGCAGGGUAGCCUUACUAGCUCUCGCUGACCACACCUGCCAGGAUUGUCCAGCAGGCUCGAGUGACCUUGGGCAUGCAGUGUUGCUCUUAAUUAUCUGCAGAUUGAGCCAAGCUCAGAAAACAUAUUAAAUGUUUGCCUUUAGAUGGUUCCUCGUUUAAAGUACAUAAGGACGAUGAAGCAGGUUAUAAAAAAAGCACUUAACAU